AGCACUGCCUGAGCUAUGACCAACUCCUGCGGGACUACCCAUGGCUGAAACGCUGGCUGCUGGAGGAGAAGACCAUUACAGAUCACGAGUAUCCAAAAUAUGUUAAAAUUGUGGAAGUUGGACCGAGAGACGGCCUUCAGAACGAAAAGGUGGGCUAUUUAUGUCUUCUUCCAGUAAGAAAUCUGAUCCACAUUUAUAUUUGCCUUUGUUUUGUAUUCUGAGCUAUAAUUAACCCUGGAAACCCCCAUUUACAGGAUCCUUCAUACAUAAAACCAUCCAUAACUUAUGGGUACCAUAAUUGCCAGGAACAGAUGUUUUACAUUUCCCUUGAACUGGAAUGGGAAAGAUGACAUGACUUCUGGCUUUCUUUAUGCUGCUUAACAUGUCGCAGCUUUGUCCAAACUGCAUGCCUCUAGUUUAUAUAUUUUGUGCAUUUAUUAGAUCUGUUUGUUAAUGAAAGUUAAAAAGUUAUCCAGUCGUAGGAAUUUCAUCCCAGUGUGUCCACAUAUCAGAAACAAGCGGCCAGGUAUCCGCUUGUCGUCUCCUGCAUUUUGAUUGGAAUCAAGUCCAGAAAGAUCUGUUUCAGUUUCAUUGUUCCCCAGGAAAUUGUUCCGACGGGGGUGAAAAUCCAGCUGAUAGACAUGCUCUCAAGGACAGGCCUGCCUGUGAUCGAGGCCACCAGCUUUGUUUCUUCAAAAUGGCAGACCACACGGAUGUGCUGAGAGGGCUUCACAGAGCACCUCGCGUUCAGUACCCUGUCUUGACACCUAACAUGCAAGGCUUCCAGGAUGCUGUUGCAGCUGGUGCUACUGAAGUGGCCGUGUUUGGAUCAGCAUCUGAAACCUUUAGUAAAAAAAACAUUAACUGCUCUAUUGAUGAAAGCAUGUUGAGGUUUGAGGAAGUCAUUAACGCUGCAAAAGAGCAACACAUUCCAGUUCGUGGAUAUGUUUCUUGUGCCCUGGGGUGCCCUCACGAAGGACAUGUUGAACCGUCUGAAGUUGCCAAGGUGGCAACCAGGUUAUAUGAAAUGGGCUGCUAUGAGAUUUCCUUGGGGGACACUAUCGGUGCUGGAACCCCUGGUUCAAUGGUUAAGAUGCUGCAGAGUGUCAUGAAGGAGGUGCCCGUCAGCGCAUUAGCAGUUCACUGCCAUGACACAUAUGGACAAGCACUGCCCAACAUCCUUACAGCACUCCAGAUGGGGGUCAGCGUGGUGGACGCGGCGGUGGCCGGCCUGGGGGGGUGCCCGUACGCCCCGGGCUCGUCUGGCAACGUGUCGACGGAGGAUGUGCUGUACAUGCUCCACGGCAUGGGCGUCGAAACGGGUGUGAACCUAGCGCAGGUCAUAGAGGCCGGCGACUUCAUCUGCAGCGCUUUGUGUCGCAGGACAAACUCCAAGGUUGCCCAGGCACAGGGCAGGUCACUGUGAUGUUGUCAAGGAAUCCAUGCCCACGUUCAUAUUCGUGUCUCUUCCCUUUAAAGUGCUUCCCUCGUUGGUGCUACUCCUCCAGACAUGACGUGUGUUUGAGCCGCGUCGUUCCUUUGACAUUCGGUUUCCUGUGAUCCGGUUCUUUUACACGUUUCUCAAUUCAGCUCAAAGCCCCUUCAUCCUUCAUGCCAGAUAAUGUAUUAUACCUUACAGUAUAUUGAGGCUCAUCCAGAACAUGUAAUGUAAACGCCUCAUGUUUUUAGCCCUUCACUGUAUUGCUCAGUGGCCUUAUAACAAAAUAUUGAACUAACGACUAGUCUCUCUUGGCUUCCACACUGCUUUUGAAAUAUGAAUAUAUAUAUAUUCUUAUUAAUAAUCCUAAUAAUAAUCUUAAUAAUAUAUUCUUAUGCACUUUAUUUUCCAAAGUAUAUUGUCAAAUGUUAGAAACAGACAUUAGAUUAAUAGUUAGACUUUGAAUUCCUCUCUGGUGAGCUUUGCCCUCAGGUUGCCAAAUAUGCCAAUAAAGUGCCCAUUGAUUCUUCUUGUCAACGAUAGUAAAUAAUCUGCUAAUAAUAGAAAUGAUAUUAUUAUAUUCAUCACUGACUAUGACAUACCUUUUUAUGUUCUCGUAUACUGGACAGUAUCUGAAUAUGGUCUCAAUAAAGAAAGAACAUGAAAUAUUGCA